ACGUACGGAGUAAUGAAAGACCCUUUGCUCAGCCAGGCUGUGAUGCAGGAGGUGGGGGAGGAGACAGGAAGGAGAGGCUGAGAGGAGGAGAGAGGGGAAGAGACUCACGAAGGAAGAGAGGAAAACAUAGCAGGAUCGGGUGACUGUAUUACCGGGAAUAGAAAGAGACAGCCGCAAAAGGAAAAAGAGACCCCUGGUAUCAGAGAGGACACGGACACUUAGAGAGAACGUAGGAACCCGGAAAUAUUAUUAUUAUUAUUAUUAUUGUCAUCAUGGGAAACAGCUUGGGAGAACAGGACUGACCCCCCCCUCCUUUCAAUAGCAGCAGCUGCCCCCUCCAAGCAGAACUGCCCCUCUGUACACCCAGCUUGCAGCAGCUGCCCUCUUUGAUUAGACCUGCAGUUCUCUAUACAAAGCUUGCACCAUCUGACCCUCUGCAGGGUUUGCCCUUCUACCCCUGCAUCAGAUCUGCACCUACAGACGUUGCCUUCUGCAAAGGACCCUCUGCCAACUGCACCCUCAACCAGACUUGCCACACUGUUCUCUCCUUCAGACCUCACACUCUCUGCUUCCUUGUAUUCUCCAUCGAACCUGUCCCAUUACAUCUCUAAACCCCUGUCCACCCUGUGUCAGAUUUGUCCUCUAUUCCUCUGCCCACACUGAACACACUCCCCCCCCCCACACACUUCAGUUUCUCAUCAUCUUUUCUCUCUGUCUAUCCAAUUAUUAUUCAGAUAAAUCAGGUCUUGUCUAUAAAAUCAUUCAUUAUAUAUCCCACUGGAAGGAUAACAUUACCCAUCUAGAUCUACCCAUUAGAUUUCUAUUAUAUCUCUUUCCAAACAACCCCCUACCCUUACAUAAAUUUGCCUCUGGAGAUUUUUGAAGCUACACGUUCUUGUCAGCCCUCUGAUACCUUGCUCUCCUAUUGUGUAUCAUAGAUGUGACAAUUCUAGCAACUGUACCUCCAGGCCUCCACUCCCCUUGUAGCUAUUAUGGUUCCCUUAUGCAAUUAAAUAUUGGCUCCUCUAGAGCUCCUGGUUUUCAGAUAAGGCCUAAUCACCUUUUAUGUUUCUUAUACCUUGCCAUGAUUUCUCUUUCCUGUAUCUCCAUUAUUUAGUAAAUUACAAAUGUAAUCUCUGUUAUUAUUGAUUAGCUCCCAUCCUAGAGCAUACCUUGGCUUUCUAAUAUUCAUGCACAGAGUAGUCCUACAUUUAGUACAUUAAAUCCCGAGGCCUGACAUGUGAGCCCCCCUUACUAAACUGGAAAAAUGAACUACCAGCAACAGCUGGCUAACUCUGCAGCCAUUCGAGCCGAGAUCCAGCGGUUUGAGUCUGUGCACCCCAACAUCUACUCCAUAUAUGAGCUGCUGGAAAGGUUGGAUGAACCUGGCCUACAGAACCAGAUCCGAGAGCACGUCAUAGCCAUAGAAGAUGCCUUUGUAAAUAGUCAAGAAUGGACACUAAGUCGGUCAGUGCCAGAACUCAAAGUGGGUAUUGUAGGCAAUCUGGCCAGUGGGAAGUCUGCGUUGGUGCACCGGUAUCUUACCGGUACAUAUGUACAAGAAGAGUCUCCGGAAGGUGGUAGGUUCAAGAAGGAAAUUGUGGUGGAUGGACAGAGCUACCUCCUGCUGAUCCGGGAUGAGGGUGGACCUCCAGAAGCACAGUUUGCCAUGUGGGUAGAUGCCGUUAUCUUCGUCUUCAGUCUAGAGGAUGAGAUCAGCUUUCAGACAGUCUAUCACUACUACAGCCGUCUUGCUAACUACCGCAACACCAAUGAGAUCCCUAUGGUGCUGGUGGGCACACAAGAUGCCAUCAGUGGAAGUAACCCGCGAGUCAUAGAUGAUGCACGAGCACGGAAGCUUUCCAAUGACCUCAAACGAUGCACUUAUUAUGAGACCUGUGCCACGUAUGGCCUCAACGUGGAACGUGUCUUCCAAGAUGUGGCGCAGAAGAUUGUAGCAACACGAAAGAAGCAGCAGCUCUCGAUUGGUCCUUGCAAGUCUCUGCCAAAUUCCCCAAGCCACACGUCUGUGUGCUCCGCACAGGUGUCAACAGUGCACAUCAGCCAGACCAGUAAUGGUGGGGGCAGCCUGAGUGACUACUCCUCUUCCGUCCCAUCUACCCCAAGCACCAGCCAGAAGGAACUGAGGAUCGAUGUUCCCCCCACUGCCAGCACCCCAACUCCAGUACGCAAGCAAUCUAAGCGCAGGUCCAACCUCUUCACGUCUCGGAAAGGGAGCGACCCAGACAAAGAUAAGAAAGGUCUCGAGAGCAGAGCAGACAGCAUCGGCAGCGGGCGAGCAAUACCAAUUAAACAGGGAAUGCUGCUGAAAAGAAGUGGAAAAGCUCUUAAUAAGGAGUGGAAGAAGAAAUAUGUUACUUUGUCCGAUAAUGGGGUUCUAACCUACCACCCAAGUUUGCACGACUACAUGCAGAAUGUUCAUGGGAAGGAAAUAGAUCUCCUCAGGACCACAGUGAAAGUUCCAGGGAAGAGGCCGCCACGGGCUACCUCCUCUUGUGCUCCUAUUGCAAGCCCCAAGACCAAUGGCUUGACCAAAGAGCUCAGCGGGCUCCAGAUCUCUCCUAACACAGGGAAUGUAACAAGCAGCACAUCAGUUACGCAGAUGACCAGCGGACCCAGUGGAAUCAGUCUAGGCUCCUUUAGCCGCAUGGAUGGGAUGCACCAGAGAUCAUAUUCUGUGUCUAGUGCUGACCAGUGGAGCGAGGGAGCUGUCAUUGCCAACUCUGCCAUUAGUAGCGACACCGGCCUAGGUGACUCAGUGUGUUCCAGUCCCUCUAUCUCCAGCACCACCAGCCCCAAAUUGGAUCCACCACCCUCCCCUCAUGCCAACCGCAAGAAACACCGGCGGAAGAAGAGCACAAGCAACUUUAAGGCCGAUGGUCUAUCGAGCACUGCUGAAGGUGAGCUCACCCCCAUAUUUGUAAGCUGUGCUUACUGUCACCGGCACAUUGCUAUGACAUAUCUUCAUGGUUAAAUGACUUUAAAAUUA